AGGCAGGGCUGAGUCUGUCAUUGGGACUCACUAAUGAGCCCUCCACUCCGUCUCCUCGCGUGGUGGAAUGUUUGGGCUGGCGAGUAAGUGAGAGAGCAAAAAAAAAGGGGAGCGAGGGAAAAGGGGAGCGAGGGGAGUCACAGAAAAAGGGAGGGAGUGAGGAGUCAAAGGAGUGGAGCAUGAGAAAGAGCUGUUGUACCUGCUGCUCUCACUGCUCAAAUAUUAACAACGGGUUCGUGGGAGCUGAUGCCGCUGCUCUGGGACAAGCCCAAACUGUGGAGGCAGCCGGGCUCAGUGGUCUGUGGACAGGCAGUCUGCCGCUGCUGCUGGAGGCACCACUGCAUCUAAGACUCUAAUGGAGGAGGAGGUCACAGAGCCUGAUCCUCAGAUGGUGGAGCCCACUGGCAUCCAGCCGCCAGGGAUGCACUUUGAGGUAAAUGGAGAUUUGCCCGGGAACCCUUGCCUGAGGGACGGGACGGAGGAGGUGAUGGAGAGUCCGACGAGGGAGCCUGAUGUGCUGCAGUAUCCUGCUGAGUACAGCCAGAGCCACCAGUACGGGGAGAAGAUGCCGUUCCACCAUGUGACGGCAGGCCUGCUCUACAAGGGGAACUACCUGAGCCGCUCGCUGUCUGAAAGUGACAGCGACGUGCUGGCCAGCAUCUCUGUGGAGGAGCUCGACGAGAUCCGGGAGGCGUUUAAGGUCCUGGAUCGGGACGGGAACGGGUUCAUUUCCAAGCAGGAGCUCGGUAUGGCCAUGCGCUCUCUGGGUUACAUGCCCAGUGAGGUGGAGCUGGCCAUCAUCAUGCAGAGACUAGACAUGGAUGGUGAUGGACAGGUUGAUUUCAACGAGUUCAUGACGAUCCUCGGACCCAAACUGCUGUCGUCUGAAACCAGAGAAGGAUUCCUGGGCAGCACAAUAGAUACCAUCUUCUGGCAGUUCGACAUGCAGAGGAUCGAGCUGGAGGAGCUCAAACACAUCCUCUUCUACGCCUUCCGUGAUCACCUCACCAUGAAGGACAUCGAGAACAUCAUCAUCAACGAGGAAGAGAGCCUGAAAGAAAACUCUGGGAACUGUCAGACAGAGUUCGAGGGAGUUCACCCUUCAAAGAAGAACCGACAGACGUGUGUGAGGAAGAGCCUCAUCUGCGCCUUUGCCAUGGCAUUUAUCAUCAGCGUCAUGCUCAUCGCAGCCAAUCAGAUGCUGAGGAACGGCAUGGAGUAGCUGUUCUGACUGUGAGCGGGGAGCCAGCCAGCCUGCCUGCAUGUGCAUGCCAGUGGGUGAGGUCAUAUCCCUGCUGAUAGGACUACAAGGAAUUACACUCAAAAUAAUCAGAGACCUAAUCCAUUUUUGAAAUUGUUUUUUUUUUUUAGUUUGUUUUUUUUGACGAGUGGCACCUCUCCACCUGACGUCCAAUGAAACCGUGAAGCCAGCAUGAGGAGUCAUGCUGUAUUCCUCCCCCUUUAUUCUGACAGGGACACUUAAGGGCUGACAUAACACAGAAUAAUUUGUCCUGUCUGUUUCCCUGAUGCAAUAAAACAAAGUUUUAUGAAACACUUAGUUCAGUGCAGGAGUUCAGAGCUGCUAGUGGGAUGUGAUGCGUUUGUCUGCAGAUUUGUCACCCACCAUAAGUCUGAUGAGCUACCAGAGCCGCAGUCUGGGAGCCCCCCCCCCCUCCUUAUUAUAGUUCUUGGAAGGACAAUGCUCCGCCGAGCUCAGCACAGCUCAGGCAGAAGGAUCUGUACGUGUCGGGCCACAGCUCCUGGAGCUCUCAUGGUGCUACGAUACUUGAGCUCCCCAAUUUAAUUUUUUCAGCUACUGCGUCUGUGGGCUGGUAUGAGGUGCUGGCAUCAGUUCAUCAGCCCUACAACCCAAACAGACAAGUGAGGGGGGAAUAUUAGAUGGUAACUCCAGGCCUGUGUUUUGGCUGUGUGAUAUUCAUAAACGAAGCCUGGAUGAUGAUCUUCUUCUUCUGGACACUGCUGGGUGAACGCUGUUCAAAGUGCAGAGAGAAGGUUUUCUGUGUCAUGUGGAAAAAUGCACCCUUUCAAUGCUCUCUCACUCCUGUUAUCUAUAUCACUGAAACUUAACAUAUCAUGGGUGUUUUAUAUGUCUAAUAUCGGAAAAAAAAAUACCCCUCAAACUCAGCAUCAGUGAAAAAUAAAGAAUACGUGAUACUGAGUCUUCUGUGUUCUGCCAUUUGGCCCUGAAGUCAGCAGAAAUUGGUCGAUGGUGCAUCCCCACUAAGUCCAGGUUUUUAACACUGAUGAUGAUUUUGUCCUUUAAAUCACAACAUAUCAAACUUUUAAAUUGUAACAUUGAGCUCCAUGUCCAUGUCUCAAAUUCAAAUAAUUCAAGUUGCAUUUGGGGCUUAAUUUAUUGCCUUUCAUAAAAGGGCGUGUCCAGAGGGAGGGCCAGGAAUAACAUGGACCCCCUUGAAAUCUGUCCCUGGGGUGGCCAAUCAAAUUUCCAAUCAGAUUUCACCUGGGCUCUAGGCACUGUUUUAUUUUACUGUUUUUACUUUUCAUUUCAAAUGUUUUUAAUGUAAAAAUGUUUAAUUUGUAUCCAUAGUGCGUCAGUAAUAUCCUGCAGAGAUUUCACUCAUACCUCUUGUUGGUUAAAGAUGAAAUGGUUGUUCAAAUAUCAACAAUAUGUGUGAGUCAAAUUUAAUAUAUUUGAAGCAGAAAUGCCCACAUCAAAGUGUCAGUUAUGUGCUUAUUUCAGCUAUAACACUACACGUGAUGACACUUUUAAACAGUUCAUGUUGUGUGGGCUGACGUUAUUCUGUAACCACUGAAAAAGAAGUUUAAUUUAAAUAAUUUUGACGAUGUGUUCUUUUGAAACGUGGGGUUUGUGUGUGAACUAUCUCACAGGAGCACUGACACAUCUGGACAUUUUGAGUCCUGCUUUUCGUUCUGAACUCCUGCACUGGCUCUCAUCUCAACAUGUAACCCCAGCCAGGGGCCAGACACGCUCACAUAUCAUGUGCAUGCGAUCAAGUCAGUGUCUGCUGUAAAUAAUGUAACCCACGUCUGAAUAAAUGUCUCACAUGUCUGUUGAGAGGGUGUGCAGUAUCCUCUCUGUAUGUGCAUGAGUGUCGGUGCUCUCCCUCUGCUCACUCGGGUGCAGAGGUGCAGGGAGGGAGAUCAGCAGCUUCAGAGGCGGCUGCUUCAUCACAAACAGCAGCAGGCGGUGAAGACCCUUUCUGCUCCCUCUGAACCCCCCUGCCAAAGCCAUAGAACUCUGCAGAGGUGAAACCACACAACACGAUAUAAAAGCUUGUCUUCUGUCCUCACAUGAAAACACAGGAUCAAAGCAGCGUCUCUGGGCAGAAAUAUGUGAGUCUUAUGAAUGAUUUGGUCUGUUUUGUCAAUGUUUUUGCACUGCGCCUGUUGUCCUGUCCAAUGAAAUGACACGGAGGGCUGAAGGAAUGUGCAAGAGCGCCCUCUGGAGGUGAAGUACGACCACACCAUGCUGUCCAUAGUGUUUGUGUUUUUCUCACUGUGUGCACUGCUGAAUGUGACUACAGGCAGUGCAGUAAAAAUGUCCAAUUAAUGUUGAUAUUUAAUGUUUAACAUCUGAUUAUUUUUAUGUACAAAGUAAAGGUUGACUUUGCUCUGCCGCCUGCAGGUAGAGCUGCACUUGUAUGUUAACACAUAUUUAAACACAGUGUAUUUAUAGGAAUAGAUUUCUUGCCUGUGGCAGAAAAAAAGUCUGAACCUGUAAAAGGUUUUUAAACACAGAUGAUUUACUGAAGACUGACUGAGGAGCACUUUGUGCAGACGUCUGCGACACCUUGUAGGUCACACUUUUUUUUUUUUUCUUAAUCAGUAAAAGUCAAACUGAUUAAAAUUUGAUUUGUUAUUUUUUUUAACCUUCUUGCAGUAUCGAAGACAAUUCACCACCAAACUGCGAGGUAUAGUCACUGCUGUCAUAUAAAAGUGGGCAACUGGAAAUGUGUUUUGUCUUUGAGAAGAACUUUCUCCCUCACUUUUUUAUUUUACUCUGUGUUUGGGAUUUUUUGAGUUGCUAUGGUUACAGUUUUCCCUGCAAUCAAGCUGUCCCAGCCUGCCUCUGCAGAAGGGUUGCAUGUCUACAUUGCAGAGAUUUGGAGGGGAAGUGUUUCAGUAGCAUGGUGAUUGGAACCCACCUGUUUUUGUUUUGUUUAUGUCACUUUGUACAUAUAGUUAAUAAGAUAAGACAAGCACACACUAUACAUAUUUGCAUGUGCAAUAUUCAAACAUGUAGAUUAGAGACAGAUUUUAAGUUGUGAUAUUUAUUAGAGGCGUGAUCAUUAUGAAAUUGUAAAUAUGGAAACUUGUACAACGGUGAAAGGGUUAAGCUUUGAGGCAAUAAAACUGUGUUUUUAAAUGAA